UAAACGGGAAAUGGGCCUGUAGUCGCUACUACACCACGUAGUGACAUCGCUGUGGCCAGUCUAGAGGCGUUUUGUGCAUUGACAGGCCGUGAAUGUUUGUGUCAGCGUUCAUUUUCAAGAUAGUUUCCGAUUUGGAUAAACAAGCUUCAGGAUGGGUUGAUUUUAAUUCAAGGAUCGUCCCCUAGCUUCGACUGAAAGUUGGCAGACGACAGAAGUUCACCUGUGGACCGGCGUGCACUUCGGAGUACGAAAUGUGAAAUGUUUGUCAGAGCUGAGUUUACUGUUACUCAAUAUGUAAAAACGACUUACUAUGGGCUUGUGUUUUAGUUUGGAUCAGGAAGAACUGAAAGCUCGUGCGAGGAGCGAAGCAAUUGACAGGACUCUUCAGCUUUGGGCGAAAGAAGAGGAGAAUGUCAUUAAGAUUCUUUUACUUGGUACUGCCGAGGGUGGGAAGAGCACUCUAGUCAAACAGAUGAAGAUCAUACACAACGAGGGGUUCUCUCAUGAGGAACUGCUCUCCUUCAAGACAGCUGUCCUGGAUAAUCUGGUCAGCUCGAUGAAGUUCGUCCUGACCGGCAUGGGCAUGCUCCGUAUCAACCUGCAGAACCCAGACAACAGGGUACAUGCCCAGGUGAUCAUGGCCUGCAUGAGAUGCUACGACAAGAAAGCCAUCAUGCUGCCUCACGUCUACAAAGCCCUAAAGCUGCUCUGGCAUGAUCGAGGGGUCAGGCAUUCUGUGUUCAAGGGAUACGAAUAUGAGCUCAACGAUUCUGCAAUAUAUUACUUUGAGAACAUGGACCGCAUUAGCUCCCCCAGCUAUGUCCCCACCGCUAAAGAUGUCUUGAGGGCACGGGUCAGGACCACCGGAGUCAUAGAAACAUGUUUCAAGAUAGAGAGUGUCAUAAUUAGGAUGUUUGAUGUCGGAGGUCAGAGGUCAGAACGCAGGAAGUGGAUCCAGUGUUUCGACGAUGUCCGAUGUAUACUGUUUGUAGUUGCUCUCAGCUCCUAUGAUCUUUACCUCUAUGAGGACACAAGAAUGAACAGACUGGUGGAAAGUCUCACCCUCUUCCGACAGAUAUGCAAUAACAGAUUUUUCAUCAACACAACUAUGAUUCUGUUCCUGAACAAGCUGGACUUGUUCCAGGACAAGAUUCUUCACUCAGGACGUCAUCUCAAGAAGUUUUUUGCUGACUACCCAGGUCCAGAGCGUGAUGUUGACAGUGCUCUCCGCUACAUCCAGCACUUGUUCAUGAUGCAGAACAAUCUCCAGACAAAGGUCAUCUACCCACACUUCACCACAGCAACAGACACAUCCAACAUUCAGGUGGUGUUCCAGGUCGUGAUGGACUCCAUACUCAGAGACAAUCUCAAGUCCUUCUCCAUCUUAUAGCACUGACUUCCCUGCAGGUUGUAGUGGACUCCCUACAGAGACAAUCUCAGUGGACUCCCUACAGAGACAAUCUCAAGUCCUUCUCCACUUUAUAGCACUGGCCUCCCCUGCAGGUAGCGAUCGACACAAAGACAGUUUCAAGUCCUUCUCGGUCUUAUAGCACCAGCCUCCCAGUCAGGUAGUGAUGAGAUACGUGUCUUACUAUGUGCUUCAGGAGGUAAAUGCUGCUGUCUAUUGCAUACACCUCAUGCUGUUUACUGUGCAUCUAGGAGAAACUUGUUGGUGCAAGAAGACAGACAAUCAUGUCAGCUCCCAUUGACAUCUGCUGUCCACAUAAUCACUCAGGUUAGCUAGCUGUGUCGCAUUAAUGCAUCGAGUGGAACAGUAUGGGUGUUAGGGGAGUCCAACACUUCUGACAAAGUUGUCGGACGUCUGACGUCUUCACUCAUCUUCACAUCAGCUAGACGGUAUGCUGCACACAUGCAUAGAGUGGGGUAGUAUGAACCUUGUGGGAGCAGUGUGGGUUAAGUAGUCUAUCACUGCUGUCUGCUGGCUACUAUAGUCAUUGUUCGGAUAGCUUGUCUGUUGUACACCGUCCACCCUUUCACAAGCUUUCUGAUACUACAUCUGUGUGCUAACUAGCUGAUCUUCAUCAGGAGUCUGCACAGUUUGAAGAGGUUCUAGGAGGUGCUGUUCGAAACAAUGGCAUCUUUGUUCUAUAACAAAAAGAAUAACCUUGAGUUGAACAUUUCCCACCUCUGUGCACAGAUUUAAACCUGUAUUUAAUACACAAGGACAGUCCCUCUCCGCAGUAUUGGGAUCUUGUUAAAUAUGUAUUCAAUAGGGCUGGGACGAGUCCAAAUUUUCUACCCACAUACCCAUCCAGCUAUUACCCAACCCUAAAAUUUUAUUUUAAAAACCUAUAAAGGUCAUAAGGAAUGAGUGCAUAGUCAGAAAGAAAUGCGAACAUUAAUGACUUUUAGUGUAACCAUGGAGUUCUAGGUAAUUUUUGUCAUUAAACAAUAUAUCACGUGACUAACCACGGGUCCAGGUAGACCUGUGGGUACCCAGGUCCUACUCAGAACCCAACUGACCUGAGUAGCCGAGUUACCCGUCCCAGCCUAGCAUUUAAUGAUUUCGGUCAUGAUGUUUAUCAGUAGAAGAAAGGGGUAUUCAACCAGUAAAACCACUUGCUUUGAUUACAGAUUUGAUUACAGUGAGUGAGUGAGUGAGUG